AUUUGAGGGCCUGAGGCAGAGGGUGGCGGCCGAGCUCAGGAGUCCGCGAGUCGGACAAGUGUGCCGCGGGGCGCGCUGGGCGGGCGGCGAGCGGAGCCGGCCGGAGCGCGCCGGGCAGCGGCCGCCGCCGUCCCGGGAGGGGCGCGGGCGGCAGGAUGGAGCUGAACUCCCUGCUGCUGCUGCUGGAGGCGGCCGAGUACCUGGAGCGCAGGGACCGAGAGGCCGAGCACGGCUACGCCUCGGUGCUGCCCUUCGACGGCGACUUCGCCAGGAAGAAAACAAAGGCGGCUGGCCUGGUGCGCAAGGCCCCGAACAACAGGUCUUCACACAACGAACUAGAAAAGCACAGACGAGCUAAGCUCAGGCUCUACCUGGAACAGCUCAAGCAGCUGGUGCCCCUGGGCCCUGAUAGCACGCGCCACACCACGCUGAGCCUCCUGAAGCGUGCCAAGAUGCACAUCAAGAAACUGGAGGAGCAGGACCGCAGGGCACUGAGCAUCAAGGAGCAGCUGCAGCGGGAGCACCGCUUCCUGAAGCGGCGCCUGGAGCAGCUGUCUGUGCAGAGCAUGGAGCGUGUGCGCACGGACAGCACCGGCUCCGCCGUCUCCACGGAUGACUCAGAGCAAGAGGUGGACAUAGAGGGCAUGGAGUUUGGCCCUGGUGAGCUGGACAGUGUUGGCAGCAGCAGUGACGCCGAUGACCACUACAGUCUGCAGAGCGGUGGCUGCAGUGACGGUGGCUAUGGGCGCCCCUGCCGGCGACCUGGCCGCCCUAGCCUCUCAUAGGCCCUGCACACUCUGCUGCUUGACCCGCCGCCCGCCUGCCUGGCCAGCGUGUCAGCCUCCAGUUCUCCCUUGACCAACGCAGCCUCUCCCUGGGCCACUGCUGUGCCAUUCUGGAAACUCCAGCUGCUGCCUGGGCUGCCCGCCUCUGCCUGCUGCCUGCUGGUCAGGGCCUGAGCCGCCUGCCCGCCCACCCCUCCCCUCCCCACUGGGCAGGGUCCCUUGCAGGGAGGCAGGGCCCGGCUCCCAUGACCUGGAGCCCAGGGUUGCCGCCCAGGGUCUGCUCUCAGAUUCCUAAUCAUUCCAGAAGUAUUAAAUGUCAUUGCUGCAAAUCUCGGCGGGCACCGUGUAAGGGGCUUAAUGACCACCUCAGGGAGCUCAGACCCAGCACUGGAUCCCAGGAGAAAGAAGUGGACUGAGGAAGGAAGGAAGGUGCGGCUGUUUUUCUGUCCACUUGCUGGUCAGUCCAUACAGGCUCCUGAGAGAGAUCGAGAAGGGCGGGACUUGGUUGAGCACCCUGGGAAGGUAGGCGGAGAGGGGCCUUUCCACCCACAGGCUUCAGGCGCUGGGGGUGGGCUCCUAGUGGCAGGCUGAGGCAGUCCACAUCAAGUGGGCAGCAUCUGUUCUGUCAAGACCUUCAGAUGUACACACACACCAGGCCCACACACGCACAUGAGGGCACCCUGGAGGGAGGUUGGCCUUUGGGGGCCACUUAGGCAAAUGCUGGCCCCUGGCCUGUGCCUGGCUUUGUCUCUCUGUGCCCGGCACCAGCUCACUUGUGCCAGCCCAGAUGCUCUGCCUCUCGGCACAGGAAAGAGCUGCUUCUGCAGGGCUAAGGUGAGCUGUGGUGGAGGCAGAGCCACUGGGUCCACCUGGGCUUUUCAGCUUCCUUUCUUAUUACAAAGCAAAGGAAGCAAGACCACGCUGCCUAGCAGUGUGACAGGAGCUCCCUUCAGGGGGAACUCACAGUUGUGCCCACUGCAGCCUCAGCUGGCAGAGGCUUCUCCAAAUACAAAACAGAAACAUUUUUAAAAAGAGAAGAAAAAAAAAAAGCUCUAAAGACCCUCACCAAGGGACGUGUGUGCCGCCUCGAUUUCCUGUACAA